UUCAGUGCCGCGACACGCUCUCAGACGCCAUGGGGAUCUACCGCGCAUUCACGGUGACUGUCCUGGGCCUCGUAAUUUGUUCCAGCCUAGCAUCAGCUGGACAUCUCGUCGCCUACGCACCCACCUAUGUGAAGCCCGCCAACUAUGCGCACCAGGCCUACCGGUUCAACUACGGCGUGCGUGACCUCAGCACGGGAGACCUCAAGUCCCAGUGGGAGGCUCGCGAGGGAGGCAUCGUCAAGGGCAGCUACAGCGUGCUGGACGCCGACGGGUCGGUGCGCACCGUCAGCUACACAGCGGACGACGUGAACGGCUUCAACGCGGUGGUCACCAAGUCGAACCCCGGCGCGCACCCGCCCGCGGUGCCUCCUGUGCUCGUGCAGAAGCCUGUCGUCGUGGCCAAACCCCUGCCGCCCCCCGUGGUGGUCGUCACGCGGCCGCCCCCGCCGCCACCCACUACGGUGCUCGUCACCCCCAGGCCGCAGCCACCCGUCAUAGUGAGUGUGGCGAAGCCGGUGCUGCCAGCAUAUGCGCCGCGGCCGACCGUCGUGGUGCCCACUGCGCAGCGGCCGUCGCUGACCAAUCAGGGGCCGGUGCUCUUCCCACCCAACGCUGAGGACGCACAGCAGCAGCCGGCGCGCCCUGCCGGCGUCAGCUCGGCGCAGCAACAGCAGCUGCUCUUGCAGCAGCUAUACGAACAGCAACAGCAACAACAGCAGCAGUACCCACAACAGGGCUACGGGUAUGGCUACAGUGCCUACUGAGGACUCUCUGACCUGUUCACUGCUGCCGACGUACACCAUGACUGGCUUUGACUACCUACUCUACUCCAGUGACACCUGCUGCUACUGCUAUAACUGUGUGACUUUCAGCAACAAGUCCCCUACUGGCCUCCACUGGACUUGGGAGUGGGACGUAUGACCAUAAUGACGACUGAGCAUUCUGUAGAGAAGCAGAAAUGUUAGACACACCAGUACAACGAAACCAUCCGUCAGCUGUCCACGCGUUUUCCAACCUCCCUUUCUCUCAGUAUACCAACUUCACCCAUUCCACAAUCCCUGCGCCAGGUGAAGUCCACAGCAAAUCUUUUGGCACCUGUGCUACAGCCUCACCUAAACUACUAACACUGCCCCAUUUACCAGAAUGACGGUGUGAUGGUUGAUAUCUGUCUGAAGCACUUAGAUACUCGUGUUGCACAUGUACACGGGAUACUUUUCUUUUACCGUUCCUGUCUCCCCUCUGACAUCAGACAUCUUGUGGCUCACUCAUAGUAAACUCCUAAAGGCAGUGAAUCAGGCCUCCGAUUAAUUCUGUCUGUUCUCCAGUGCUUCUUCUCAGCCAUGUUAAUUUUUCUUCUAAUGAUCUGAAAUCGUUGAAAAAUUGUUGAAAAAGCCCACAAAAGUUGUUCACUAGCAUGUCCUAAGCCCAUAAUCAGUUAUGUGAAAUUGUUGAUGAAUUUAUGAAGCAGCUCACAAAAUUUAUUUACUAGCGUACUCCAUUCUUAGAGCUAGACCAAACGUACUGUGUGGCGAAAUAAAUCAAGGUAUUGCAAUUCUACAGAUAUCUGUACAAAUAGACGAACUGUCGUCUUCGUUUCAGUUCACCAGCAUCAUUCAUCUUCCACACUACCUGCUUCGCUCUCAAAGAAUUGUUUUGAGUGAGUACGCUUAUUAAAUUUCCUGCAGCCAAACUCGCCGGUUUUUUGCCGUUUGAAAGUAUCGAGGAACUGCUGAUGAAGCUGACCAAACUGUUUAUUUUGUUAUUUCCAGACAGUCGUACUCCUACUACCCGAUCAAGCAAAGUACUCAAUGUUCUUCUUAGUCACAAAUUGAAACCUAUGCAUAAUCUUAUGUAGUCUGUAUAAUUCUCAUCUUCGUUACAGUGACACUAGAUAGUAAGAAGAGAAGAAGUUCUAUCUUUGACAAACUGUGUACCUCAAAUCAUUUCAAAACACACCCUCGUAGCUUCUGGCCCAAUUUUCUGCUUAAGCAGGCUGUAAUAGCGACACUUGGACAGUGUAUCAGAGAUAAUAAUAAUAUAUCACUAGUGGAAGGAGAAAGCCGGUUUGGAGCAAGAAAAUACACACUCUAGAUUUCUCCAGCAGAACUAAUAUUUCUUCCAGAUUAUAUAUCACAAAUUGGUUGCCACAGGCUUGAAAACCGAUGUCAGUAGAUCAUCUCUUACGAAUUUGGAUCUGUCAUUAUUCAAGGUUCACAUGUAACAACACAGAUUUUUUGAAAUUAUUGAUGGGUUUAGAAAAUUCUCAAUCAACGGAAGAGCUGCGUGACUAAAUUACCUUAAUGACACAGACAAUAUGUUUUAGGUCGAAACUUAAGAACGUACAAUACAAUGAAACAAUGAGGUCGUGUACACGUGUUUAUCCUCACAAGAUCCAACGAUAACCCACUUGCUUCUCCGUAGUGGUUAGCUGCACCAGCUUCCUGAAACAAUCUGGACUUAUUGUUCGUUUACAGGCGGCAGUGGGCUGUGUCACAAUCUGCUAUGUAUGUGUGUCUGAAAUCCAUAUAAUGAUAGAAACGGAAGUAGAAGUCAAUGGUGAGCCAACUUAUAACGACACACAGUAAGAGAGUUUCCUUGCCUGACAAUAUAAGCUUGUAACUACCCCUUACCCAGAAUGAAAAGUUUCCUAUCCGACAAUGGACUUUUCACCAGAGGACAUAUUCAGAGCUUCACAUUCGGCCUUUUUAUCAGUACAUAUUAUACGUCCAAGAAGAACAGGUUGCUGUAAUGAAAGCAGUUCGAGACAGCAUGGGCAUUAAUCAGCUGCUGUUCCAUUCAAACUAAUAACUUAACACUCUCCAUAUUGACAGCUGACGUACAUCACUCAAAAGACAUUUGUAAUCGUCGCCAAAGACGACAGUGAAGAAAGCAUCUUCUUCACAGUCAUCUCCAUCAUGUGCAAUAUUAACAAAUGUGCUACUCAUGGAAAUUUUAUUUUGUAAUUGUUUUAUUUUUAUU